CUCAAACCUCUACACUCCUCACGCAACUUCCCUCCCACCCCUCACCCUUUUAUAAUACCCCCAAAAUUCUCUUCACUCAAUUCACACCUCCAUCUCUCUCUCUUUUCUCUGUAACUUUCUUCAUCUCUCUAAUGGCGCUUGAAGCUCUGAAUUCUCCAACUCCCGGACCUGCUCCUUUAUUCCGUCAGGAUUCCUUCAAUCAUCUUCGCCAUUUGGAGUCAUGGACUAAAGGAAAACGAUCAAAACGUCCCCGAACUGAUCACCCGCCUACUGAGGAAGAGUACCUCGCUCUAUGUCUCAUGCUUCUAGCUCGUGGGUCUGAUUCUACUCCUCCACCAAUUCGCCGGAGAAUUACAGUCGUUCCACCAGAGAAAAGGAGUCAUCUACAGGAUUCGAAAACUAGUUACAAGUGUAACGUGUGUGACAAGGGUUUUAGUAGUUAUCAGGCUCUCGGUGGCCAUAAAGCUAGUCACAGGAAGAACAACGCCGGUGGAGGUGACGUGAUGGAGCAACCCUCCUCCGUCACAACCACCUCAACUACUGCAUCAACUAGCGGUAGUGGGAGGAGUCACGAGUGUUCUAUCUGCCACCGGUGUUUCUCCACCGGACAAGCGUUGGGUGGGCAUAAGAGGUGUCACUACGAAGGUACGGUUGGCGGUGGACACGUCAGCCCCGGCGUCACCUCUUCCUCUCAUAGUCAACGCGGUUUUGACUUGAAUUUGCCGACCUUGCCGGAAAAUAGUUUCUCAGAAUAUGCCGAUGAGGAGGUGGAAAGCCCUCACCCUGCAAAAAAAUCUCGGCUGUCCACUCAGGCGAAGCUCCAGAUGGCUGUAUACUAUUAGAUUACUAAACACACCGAUUGUGGGUGUUGGAUUACACUUCAAUUCUUUGUAUGAUAUUAUAUAUUAUAUUUUUUUAUUCUAGUUAUGUAAACAGAAGCAGUCUUUGCUGCUGGGUGAGUUGAUUUUGAAUUAAAUUAAAUUUUGUUA